AUGGCUAACGCCCGACCAGGCGACGGCUACGGACACUUGGAAUUGGCAGGCCUCGAAGAAGGCGACCACUACGGAGGCGGCGAGGAUCACUACGAGGCCACCAGCUACUCGCACGGCGGUCUCAUCGCCAACGAGAUCAGCCACGGGGGCGGUCAUCACGAAGAGCACGUCAUCGACUAUCACGCACCGCCGAAGUACCACUACGAUUACGCCGUCCACGAUUUGCACACCCACGACAUCAAAUCGCAAUGGGAGACGAGGAACGGGGAUAAAGUGAAGGGCGAGUACACCAUCGUGGAGCCCGAUGGGUCCAAGAGGAUAGUAUCGUACACGGCCGACAAGCACACCGGAUUUAACGCCAUCGUGAAAAAGGUCCACGAUUUCUAG